CCAGCUUGUGAACUCCUAUAUAACCGAUCAUCAGCUCAAUCUCCCCUUACUACUUCAUCCAUUAACAUCAAUACAAAUAUAUAGUCAUUUAUAUAUAUAUAUAUCUAGAUAAAAAUGCCAGGGAUCACACUAGGAGACACAGUGCCGAACCUAGAAGUGGAGACGACACAUGGCAAGUUCAAGCUUCAUGACCACUUCGCCGAUUCUUGGACCGUUCUCUUCUCUCAUCCCGGGGAUUUCACGCCGGUAUGUACCACGGAGCUCGGUGCGAUGGCUAAAUACGCUCAUGAGUUCGAGAAGAGAGGCGUGAAGCUCCUUGGUUUGUCUUGUGACGACGUACAGUCCCACAAAGACUGGAUCAAAGAUAUCGAAGCCUUUGCGCUCGGAAGCAAGGUGAAGUACCCGAUAAUCGCAGACCCGAACAAAGAGAUCAUUCCUCAGCUUAACAUGAUUGAUCCAAUCGAGAACGGACCGUCUCGUGCCCUCCAUAUUGUUGGUCCUGACAGUAAGAUAAAGUUGAGUUUCUUGUAUCCCUCUACCACGGGACGUAACAUGGACGAAGUACUGAGGGCUUUGGACUCGUUGUUGAUGGCGUCGAAGCACAAUAACAAGAUCGCCACUCCGGUUAACUGGAAACCGCAUGAACCAGUUGUGAUUUCGCCUGCCGUGUCGGACGAAGAAGCCAAAAAGAUGUUUCCAAAGGGUUUCAAGACCGCCGAUCUUCCCUCAAAGAAAGGCUAUCUGCGUCACACUGAGGUCUCUUGAAAGAUAUAAACAAAAGCCUAAUAAUAACGUAAUACGGAGUAUUGUGUGUAAUAUCAGGUUCUUUUUUACGUGUUUGACGAAAAUAAUUACGUUUUGUAACGUCUAUGAUGAUGUGUUUGCACCUACUAGUUGUAACAGACCUUGGUAUUAAUAAAACAAAAAUCUAGUUUGUUUUAUGAUA